AGAAGAAGACGGAGAAGAAGCUUGCUGCUCGAGAAGAAGCGAAAUUGUUGGCGGGCUUCAUGGGUGUCAUGAAUAACAUGCGGAAACAGAACAAUAUUUGACUAAUACCCUGCUGAGUUCAGUUUGCAAAUACUUGACAUAUCUGUAAGUCAGUCUCUAAAGGAAGAAAAAAGUACAAAGAAAAUGUGACCAAAAUAGCAACUGGCAGUUAAAGAAAAAAGAAGACAGCAAGAAAGCAAAAUAAAUAGCAUAAAAGAAGUUGGCAUUUGUAAGAAAACAUUGUGUGAUGUGAUCCUUAUGGUCCAGGAAAGAAAAAUACCUGCUCAUCGUGUUGUCCUUGCAGCAGCCAGUCACUUUUUUAACUUGAUGUUCACAACUAACAUGCUUGAAUCAAAGUCCUUUGAAGUAGAACUCAAAGAUGCUGAACCUGACAUUAUUGAACAACUUGUGGAAUUUGCUUAUACUGCUAGAAUUUCUGUGAAUAGCAACAACGUUCAGUCUUUAUUAGAUGCAGCAAACCAGUACCAAAUUGAACCUGUGAAGAAAAUGUGUGUUGAUUUUUUGAAAGAACAAGUUGAUGCUUCAAACUGUCUUGGUAUAAGUGUGCUAGCAGAGUGUCUCGACUGUCCGGAAUUGAAAGCAACUGCAGAUGACUUUAUUCAUCAACAUUUUACUGAAGUUUACAAAACUGAUGAAUUUCUACAACUUGAUGUCAAGCGAGUUACACAUCUCCUCAACCAGGACACUUUGACUGUGAGAGCAGAGGAUCAGGUUUAUGAUGCUGCAGUCAGGUGGUUGAAAUACGAUGAACCUAAUCGCCAGCCAUUUAUGGUUGAUAUCCUUGCUAAAGUCAGGUUUCCUCUUAUAUCAAAGAAUUUCUUAAGUAAAACUGUACAAGCUGAACCACUUAUUCAAGACAAUCCUGAAUGCCUUAAGAUGGUGAUAAGUGGAAUGAGGUAUCAUCUCUUGUCUCCAGAGGAUCGAGAAGAGCUGGUAGAUGGCACAAGGCCCAGAAGAAAGAAACAUGACUAUCGCAUAGCCCUGUUUGGAGGCUCUCAACCACAGUCUUGUAGAUAUUUUAACCCAAAGGAUUAUAGCUGGACGGACAUCCGCUGCCCCUUUGAAAAACGAAGAGAUGCAGCAUGCGUGUUUUGGGACAAUGUUGUAUACAUUUUGGGUGGCUCUCAGCUCUUCCCCAUAAAACGAAUGGACUGCUAUAAUGUGGUGAAGGAUAGCUGGUAUUCCAAACUGGGCCCCCCAACACCUAGAGACAGCCUCGCUGCCUGUGCCGCAGAGGGCAAAAUCUAUACAUCUGGAGGUUCUGAAGUCGGAAACUCGGCUCUGUAUUUAUUUGAGUGUUACGACACAAGAACUGAGAGCUGGCACACCAAGCCCAGCAUGCUGACCCAGCGCUGCAGCCACGGCAUGGUGGAAGCCAAUGGCCUAAUCUAUGUUUGCGGUGGAAGUUUAGGGAACAAUGUUUCUGGCCGAGUGUUGAAUUCCUGUGAAGUUUAUGAUCCUGCCACAGAAACAUGGACUGAGCUGUGUCCAAUGAUUGAGGCCAGGAAGAAUCAUGGACUGGUGUUUGUGAAAGAUAAGAUAUUUGCUGUGGGCGGUCAGAAUGGCUUAGGUGGCCUGGACAAUGUGGAAUAUUAUGAUAUUAAGUUAAAUGAAUGGAAGAUGGUCUCACCGAUGCCAUGGAAGGGUGUAACAGUGAAGUGUGCAGCAGUUGGCUCUAUAGUUUAUGUCUUGGCUGGUUUUCAAGGUGUGGGUCGAUUGGGACACAUCCUUGAAUAUAAUACUGAAACAGAUAAAUGGUUUGCCAACUCCAAAGUUCGAGCUUUUCCAGUAACAAGUUGUUUAAUUUGUGUUGUUGAUACUUGUGGAGCAAAUGAAGAAACCCUUGAAACAUGAAAAAUGAGUGGACUUCAAGACUUAUUGGAGACUCAAAAAUAUGGCCACCAAUACUUUGUUCCAAGAGUUGGUUACAAAGUUUUAGUUUGGUGGGUUUUGGGUUGGUUUGUUUUUGUUUUUGUUUUUUUUGUUUUGUGUGUGUGUGUGUGUUUUUAAGGAAGUUUCAAGUAAAGAAAGAUCCCUAUAAAAUCAUAUUUCCUUACUUAAUUCAAAGACCACAUUUUAGCUGUCCACGUAAUCAUGAACAUAUCUAGCAAGAAAACUUGAAAAACACUAAGCAUUUGGUGAAAAUAUGAAUUUUUCUUAAAUGAAUUUUGCAUUUGUAACUAUGAUUAUGACAGAGUGGGAGAUUGGCUCAUCAGUGAACAGUCUCAUCUUAGCUCUAGAUUCUAUUUUCAUACAUCACAGAAGUGCUAUGUAGUUAGGCUGUUUGUUUCAGUUUAGUCAAGAACUAAA